UUUCAAAGAAAGGAAGGAAGGAAGGACAACUCCCAGCUUCCCCGUCCCGCCCUCCCCACUCCGAGGGCCAGGCCAGGCCAUGCCCAAGAAGGCGGCGGCGGCGGCGGCGGCGAACCAGCAGAAGGGACUUUCCUGGCAACCCGGCGACGAGGAGCGCGGACAGUGAGUUUGCUCUGCCCCGGUUCAUGGUUCCUGCAAGCCCACUAGGAGGCCGAAAGCUGCAGCCCCUCCCCUUGCCCCGAAGAGCCUUCCGCGUUCUCUGGCCCUCGGGCUCACCCCGCGCCGCCCGGGCUCCCGCCGCCGCAGCCCAGUGCCCUCUGCCCGCGGCGGUGGAUGGCAUGAUGGUGCGGGGAAGGCACCGCGGCCUUGGCCACCUGAGUCGCGACGGCCGCCGAGGCGGCGGCAGUGGCCGCGGCAGCGGCGGUGGUAGCGGGCUCCCCAGCGGCAUGCCAGUGCCCCCCGGGCGCGAUGGCUAGCGGCAGCGCCGGGAAGCCCACUGGCGAGGCGGCUUCUCCGGCUCCUGCGAGCGCCAUCGGCGGGGCCAGCUCGCAGCCGCGGAAGAAGCUGGUAUCCGUCUGCGACCACUGCAAGGGCAAGAUGCAGCUGGUGGCCGACCUGCUGCUGCUGUCGAGCGAGGCGCGGCCCGUGCUCUUCGAGGGUCCCGCCUCCUCUGGUGCCGGCGCCGAGUCCUUCGAGCAGUGCCGGGACACCAUCAUCGCGCGCACCAAGGGGCUCUCCAUCCUCACCCACGACGUGCAGAGCCAGCUCAACAUGGGCCGCUUCGGGGAGGCGGGGGACAGCCUGGUGGAGCUGGGCGACCUGGUGGUGUCGCUGACCGAGUGCUCGGCCCACGCGGCCUAUCUGGCGGCUGUGGCCACGCCGGGCGCCCAGCCCGCGCAGCCGGGCCUGGUGGACCGCUACCGCGUGACACGAUGCCGCCACGAGGUGGAGCAGGGCUGCGCCGUUCUCCGCGCCACGCCGCUGGCCGACAUGACGCCGCAGCUGCUGCUGGAGGUGUCGCAGGGCCUGUCGCGCAACCUCAAGUUCCUGACGGACGCGUGUGCCCUGGCCAGUGACAAGUCACGGGACCGCUUUUCGCGGGAGCAGUUCAAGCUGGGCGUCAAGUGCAUGAGCACCAGCGCGUCGGCGCUGCUGGCCUGCGUGCGCGAGGUGAAGGUGGCACCCAGUGAGCUGGCGCGCAGCCGCUGUGCGCUCUUCAGCGGGCCCCUGGUGCAGGCAGUGAGCGCCCUGGUAGGCUUUGCCACCGAGCCGCAGUUCCUGGGUCGCGCGGCAGCUGUGAGCGCCGAGGGCAAGGCGGUGCAGACCGCCAUCCUGGGCGGCGCCAUGAGCGUGGUGUCGGCCUGCGUGCUCCUGACCCAGUGCCUCAGGGAUCUGGCGCAACACCCCGACGGGGGCGCCAAGAUGUCGGACCACAGGGAGAGGCUGAGGAACUCGGCCUGCGCCGUGUCUGAAGGCUGCACCCUGCUAUCUCAGGCUUUAAGGGAGAGGUCUUCGCCCAGGACUUUACCGCCAGUGAAUUCCAAUUCUGUGAAUUAGCACCCCACCCCCAUACCCCUUCUUCCACCCCCAGACUAAAGGAAGAUGCUUACUCUCUGCUCCUCUCCAUUUAUACCAAAGAAAUCAUAGGUGAAACCCUCUACCCUCCCCAACGUUAAAUGCUCGAGAGGAAUCUUCCACAAGGCAGGGCCAUGCACACAACCUGCACACGCACUUGGAGGGCCCAGGUGUCUGUCCAGCAGCCCCCACGCAGUAGGGACUGGAAGAUGGAAGAUGUGUCAUCUGCUGGUUAUGUUAUCACUCCCACCCCGUACCCCAGCCCGUCUUCCGGAAUUUCUCAACUAAAUUUGAUUAUUGGGCAGGAAGGAGGUCAUGGGUUCAUUUCAUUUUUUUGUGUGUGUGUUUUUAAUUAAAAGAAAGGUUACCUCAGUUUUCACUCCUUAGACAUGGAUGUAGCUACCUUUUUUUUGUAUGUCUUUUUUUUUUUUUUAGCAGUCGUGUUGAAUUAGGAGUAUACUUGGUGUGGAAAGAGUAUGAAUUUGCCAUGUGAUUUGCAAAUGGGGGGAAGCUACUGUGAGCGUGUGUUUUUUUAAUUUACACUAUAAAGUGAUUUUUUUUCCCCCAACGUCAAGUUUUUACCUUGCAUGUACUGGAGUAUUUAUUUCAUCUAUUAAAAUGUUAUGUUUCUCA